AGGCUGCUUUGCAUAACGCAGCAUCUACCAGUCUGUCUCUCAUAUACCUUAUAGAAGAUUUAUUUUUUAUUAACUGUAAACUAGAUUUUUGUGUCUAUACUUUUUAUUUCAAUUUUUAUUUAUCUUUAUCUUUUCUUAUAAUCCCUCUUACAUUUUUUUAAACUUUUUUUCACCCAAUCAAUUCCUUCCAUCUCCUGCUCACAUUUUGCCAGUAUCUCCCUACAGUCUUGGGGAUACAUUUUCAACUGGUGACAUAAGGAUUUUGGUGUUGUUUCAAGGGAAAAAAAAUCUACAUCUUCUGUUUGGAUAUACCAAGCUUCUGGCUGCCUGGAAAUUAACCUGGUUUUGGGAAGGAAAAAAAGCAGACGCAGCAAUAGCAAGGAAGUAUCUUUGCCUUCAAACUGGCUGCUGUUCUUCCCCUAAGGAUGCCGCCAUCUUUUUUUCCUCUCUUACUUUUCUUAUCUUUCCCAUUACAACUUCGCUCUGCUUCAGCCCCUUUUUCUGGUCAGCAACAGCAUCCUCUCCCAGAUCCUUGUUAUGAUGAACAUGGCUUACCCCGCCGAUGUGUUCCAGAAUUUGUUAAUGCUGCCUUUGGUAAGGAAGUUCUUGCUUCAAGUACCUGUGGUCGGCCAGCUACUCGGCAGUGCGAUGCCUCUGACCCAAGGAAAGUGCACCCACCGUCUUACCUCACUGACCUCAACACAGCUGGGAACAUGACCUGUUGGAGAUCAGAGAGUUUCCCCCGCCUCUCUCCGCAGAACGUCAGCCUCACCCUCUCACUAGGGAAGAAAUUUGAGGUGACAUAUGUCAGCCUUCAGUUUUGCUCUCCUAGGCCAGAGUCAGUGGCCAUUUCCAAGUCUAUGGAUUAUGGUAAGAACUGGGUACCAUAUCAGUACUACUCAUCCCAGUGUCGAAAAUUGUUUGGCAAACCAAGUCGUGCAAGUGUUACCAAACAAAAUGAACAGGAGGCUCUGUGCACGGAUGGACACACAGACCUUUAUCCACUUACUGGUGGCCUUAUAGCCUUCAGCACCCUGGAUGGUCGACCUUCUGCUCAGGAUUUUGACAAUAGUCCUGUAUUACAGGACUGGGUAACUGCUACCGACAUACGUGUAAUCUUCAGUCGGCCACAACCAACGAGUAACAGAGACUCUGACACAGCAGAGGAUGGGCCAGGGUUCUUCUACUCAGUAGGCGAGUUCCAAGUUGGGGGAAGAUGCAAGUGCAAUGGACAUGCAUCUCGAUGUGGGAAAGAUAAAGAGGGUCGGCUGGUGUGUGACUGCAAGCACAACACUGAAGGGCCAGAGUGUGACCGGUGCAAGCCGUUCCAUUAUGAUCGUCCAUGGCAAAGAGCCAAUGCCCGAGAGGCCAAUGAAUGCAUGGCUUGCACCUGUAACCUGCAUGCUCGACGUUGCCGCUUUAAUAUGGAGUUAUACAAACUGUCUGGACGGAAGAGUGGGGGUGUAUGUCUCAACUGCAGACACAACACGGCAGGGAGGCACUGCCAUUACUGCAAGGAAGGAUUCUAUAGGGAUGUCAGUCGCCCCAUUACAGAUCGCCGGGCCUGCAAAGCAUGUGACUGCCAUCCUGUGGGAGCAGCGGGUAAGACCUGCAACCAGACUACAGGUCAAUGCCCCUGUAAAGAUGGUGUGACAGGUCUGACAUGUAACCGUUGUGCAAAAGGGUACCAGCAGAGUCGUUCACCAAUUGCUCCUUGUAUAAAAAUCCCAGCUGUGGUCCCUACCCCAUCUCUCACAAGCACAGAGGAGCCAGCUGAUUGCGAGCAGUACUGCAAACCUCCCAAAGGAAACUACAAAAUCAACCUGAAGAAAUACUGUAAGAAGGAUUACGUUGUUCAGGUGAAUGUUUUGGAGAUGGAGAUGGUAGGAUCCUGGGCAAAAUUUACAGUUAAUGUGCUUUCUGUGUAUAAGUGCCGAGAUGACCGGGUUAAACGUGGUGACAAUAUCCUGUGGAUCCACAUUAAGGACCUGUCGUGUAAAUGCCCCAAGAUCCAGUUAAGCCGCCGGUAUCUAGUAAUGGGUAGCAGUGAUGGACCAGGAGAGAGACCAGGCCUCACAGCUGACAAAAACAGCCUUGUCAUCCAAUGGAGGGAUGCAUGGACCCGACGCCUCAGGAAACUACAACGCAAAGAGAAAAAAGGAAAAUGUCUGAAACCCUAAAAGAGAUCCGAGAAUAAUGACUUUUUAAAUUCUGUAUAUAAAAGACCUGAUGCUUGUGACUAUAUGCCUCUUAAUAUUCCCAAGGGAUGGAGGCACUAAAACAGCAGAUGUCCUUGGGCUGCAGCCCAGACGAGAUCCACUGCUGUGGAACGAGACUUCUUCUCAAAGGACUUAUAGACUUUUGUAGAGUCUCCCCACUGAAGCUAGAGUUGUUUAUAAAAUAAACCUCCACAUGUAGAACUAACACUUACACAUCUCUCAUAACAUCCAAUUAAUUUUAAACCAGAAUUAUAUGUCUAAUUUCAAAAUUAAAGGGACAUAAUUCUCAUAUGCGAAUCAAUUUGAAAGUGAUGCAGCAUAACUUUAAAAAGCUGACAAGAAAAUAUCACCUGGACAUCAACAUUUCUUCAGCUCACCAGAGUAAGUGCUGUGUACAGUUAUACUUCAGCUGCUGUCCAGCUGCAAGUUAGAAAAAAACUAAAACAAUAGCCAAUCAGCAUCAGCAGUGGUGAGGUAAUGUUUUGCCUUUGUUGUGAUCUCAUGAAAUUUCACUGAAAUCUCAUGAGAUUUCAUAGAACUUACUUAAACUGAAUAGGAAUAUAACAUGACAGAUGCACACUCCCUAGCAGUCCUGGGACAAGCAUCCUGACUGGCUGCCUAAAGUCUCUUUACAAUGGGGUGUGAGGUAAAUAUCUUCCUUUUGUACAUAGAGAUGUUCAAGUGAUAUUUUCAGUCAGCUUUUUACAACUAUGUUGCAUUGCUUUCAAGUGCUCCAACUUUUGGUUAUCAUGUCUCUUUAAGGACAGCAGUCAUACAAUACGUUAGAAAUCAAGGUAAUUUUUGUGUAGUGACCUGAUUUAUUUGAUCUUCAGUUAAUUUAAAGGGACACUGAAUCCAAUUUUUUUCUUUUGUGAUUCAGAUAGAACAUGAAAUUUUAAGCAACUUUCUAAUUUACUCCUAUUAUCAAAUUUUCUUCAUUCUCUUGGUAUCUUUAUUUGAAAUGCAAGAAUGUAAGUUUAGAUGCCGGCCCAUUUUUGGUGAACAACCUGGGUUGUCCUUACUGAUUGGUGGAUACAUUUAUCCACCAAUAAAAAAGUGCUGUUCAGAGUUCUGAACCACAAAAAUAGUUUAGAUGCCUUCUUUUUCAAAUAAAGAUAGCAAGAGAAUGAAGAAAAAUUGAUAAUAGGAGUAAAUUAGAAAGUUGCUUAAAAUUGCAUGUUCAGUGUCCCUUUAAAUCAGAAUUUAGUAACAUAUUGCUGCCUAGGACAUUAUUUGACAAAAAGAGGUACUGUAGGGUAUAAGAUUAAAGGGGAUCAUGGGAAAAAUCCCACCAGUCAUAUUUUGUAUAAAACAAAUAUCUAAACAGUGGGCAGCUCUUAAUUUUUUUGGGAAGGUGCAUUUCUGAGUACCUAAUACUAUAUGGCUGAUAAUUAUAUGGUUAUCAGUAAUCAUUUUCCCAUUAUUUCAGUUACAUUUGUAAUAACCAGAGAGGAUCUGCAAAACCCUGGCUAGUAGUGGUUGGUGCAGAAUAUACAGGAGACCCUUGUGUUCAAAUGGUGUGAAUGUGGCUGGCACUCCGUUCACACAAUAUCUGUUUACUUCCUUUCAUAUGAAUUCUGUUGCUGCCCAUCUCAUUAAAGGGACAUGAAACCCAACAUUUUUCUUUCUCGAUUCAGAUAAAACAUGCAACUUUAAACAGCUUUCUGAUUUACUUCUAUUAUUCAAUUUUCUUCAUUCUCUUCCUAUCAUUUAUUGCAAUGAAUACCUAAGUAUGCUCAGGAUCAGCAAAGCACUACUGGGAGCUAGCUGCUGAUUAAUGGCUGCACACAUAUGCCUAUUGUCAUUGGCUCAUCUGAUGUGUUCAGCUACCUCCCAGUUGUGCAGUGCUGCUCUUUCAACAAAGGAUACCAAGAGAACAAAGCAAAUUAGAUAAUAGAAGUGUAUUGGAAAGUUGUUUAAAAUGAUAUGUUCUAAAUGUGGGUUACAUGGCCUUUAAACCCUGAAUAAUAUUACUAAAAAAAUAACUGUUUAUAGUCUUCUUCAGUAUCGUAUAACUUUACCUAACAAUGAAGGGCCCUUAGAGAACUGUACAGUUACCCAGUGUUUCAAGAAAACACCCAUAGCGUCUUCCUUAAUGGUACAAGUGACUAUGGGACACAGUUGUCUUGCUAGUGUGUAAAGUAUGUUCUUAUAUGCAGAACAGUAUAACAUAUCCUUUAGCGCUGGAUUUAAUCAUUUCCAUUGCUUCAACGCCAUGGAUUCUACAUUGCAGGCCUCUUUGGCAGCAAAGCGGUAAUUAUAUUUGUUUUGAUGAUUUGUAAUAAUAAUCUUAUUUUCAGUACACAUAAAUACUUAGUACUCACUGUGUAAAAUAUGUAUUCAAAGUCAGUUAGGUCCGUUCAACUUUUUCAGUUGCUUUCCAUGCCCCCUACUCAUGAUUUCUCUCUGAAAUGUGGUCUAUGAGUAGAGGAACAUAAAGCUGGGCUGCCAUGUAUUCUGGACUGGCAUCACUCCGUGUACAAUAAAGAUGGCUUUUUAAUGUCUGCUUAGGUCUUCUACAACUGGUCAUGUUAAGAAGGCAACUGAAACACUGAUGAACAAAGUGUAGGCACCAUGUAGGAGUAUAGCCUUAGCACCACUUGCCAUAGCAUAGCAUCUAUUUCAAACUGGUCAUCUAAGUAAAUACUAAACGUGCAAGUUACUAAUCUUUCAAGUAGAUACAGAUAAUCCACUGUUAUUACACCAGAACUUGGAAUGUCAUUCUGGAAUUCAUAUAUCACGUUAUAGAGCUGAACUGAAAUAUAUGGAGGUGGUGGGGGGGGAAGGAGGAACUUACUCAUCUUCACAAACUUGUGUUAGUGGGUUUUAUUAUUAUCAAAGCUACCAGAGAGGCUUGUAUCAUUCCUGACUGCAACUGAGAAGGGUAACUAAGCCCCAAAAGGGACUACAUUUCAGCUUGUGAUUUAUAUCCAAUGAUAUACUGUUUAUUACCGCUCCGUUCUGUGUUACGAAUUGUAGGAGCAUCAAUUAAGACAACCUUGUUUUUAACCAUUGAGCUUACGUGCUGAUAUCGAGUUGAACAAUCCAAAUGUAUAAAUAUUGGACAUGCGCUGGGUUUAAACACUUCGCAUUUUUUUAUGGAAUAAUGUACCGCACAAGCUUUUAUAUCUCACACUUUAUAGUGCAAGUGUGCACAUUUAUAAUUCCACUGUUAUGGCUGAAGACAUACACAAUAUGCCUUCCUGUAGCAUUCAUCCGUAAUUCACAAAACCAAUUGGAUUCACCGUUGUUUCUCAAAGCAAUGAAAUGAUAUUGUAUAUCUUAUCUUACUUUCCCUCUCUUCUUGCGGCGAUGGAGCAGGCUCCCGCCUAAUUAAAAACUUUUUCCAACACGGAAACACAGUCAAUAAAUAAAAAUGAUAUGA